AUGAAGUUCUUGAGUAAUGAACAACUGGCUUUCGUAUUCGGUCUCUUGGGUAACAUUGUGUCAUUCAUGGUAUUCUUGGCGCCAAUACCAACGUUUUACACAAUAUACAAGAAGAAAUCAUCCAAAGGCUUCCAAUCCAUACCUUAUGUGGUUGCCCUUCUUAGUGCAAUGCUGCUAUUGUAUUAUGGUGUCCUCAAGACCAAUGCCUUUUUGAUCAUCAGCAUCAAUGGCAUCGGAUGCGUUAUAGAAAUUAUUUACCUCAUAUUCUACAUUGUACAUGCAUCCAAGAAGGACAAGAUUACUACAAUGAGUUUGAUACUGCUGGUGAACGUAGCGGCCUUUGGGUUGGUGAUGGCGGUCACACUCUUUCUUCUAGGAGAAGCCAAGCGUGUUAGCGCCGUUGGAUGGAUGUGUGCUGUGUUUAACAUUGCUGUCUUUGCCGCCCCUUUAAGCAUCGUGAGGCAAGUAAUAAGAACCAAGAGUGUAGAAUACAUGCCAUUUUCUUUGUCAUUUUUCCUCACACUUUGUGCAACCAUGUGGUUCUUCUACGGCCUCUUCACAAAGGAUUAUUACAUUGCAUUACCAAAUGUGUUGGGAUUCUUAUUAGGCGUCGCUCAAAUGAUCCUCUACCUCAAAUACAAGAAUUCAGGGAAAAAUGAUGCAGAAAAUAAAGGCAGUCAAGAGAUGAAGAAGUUUCAUGAGCCGCAACCGCCGGAAGCUGAUGCGCAGUGUUAGUGAUUUUCCCAGAGCAGAU